UGAAGCAGUCGGUGAGGCAGCGAGCAAGACAACUAAAAACCCAUUAUUGUUAACUACUACAACUACAUGAUGGCCAUCUUUUCGUUGAUGAAGCAGAUGGCUUUAGUAUUAUGCAUUUGGUCAAUCUCUCUACUAGUUUUAACCCAAGCAGCGAAAGAAAAAGACGACUUCAGAAUAUUCGAUCGUGACUUCAAACCAACAAGCCUCCAAAUGCACCAAAUGCUGAGAAAAGCCAACUUAGAAAGCAGGGGGUACACAAAAGAAUCCACCACCAGAAUCGUUACGACAGGCGACACAUCGACAGAAAUCGUAACCGAGUUUUUCUACUACAAAGUCGUGCCAUGUCAUAAUAUACCAAUCGUACAGAAAGAGCUAAGCAAUCUUUUACCAGGAGUUUGGAAGGAUGAUGUCAAGCAGAAAGUACGCAAGAUAACAAUAACCAAGUCCCUGGAUGACACGAACCAGUGCACUGCUGGAAUCGAGAUUCAUUUUCCCAAACCUAGUUGCGAGCGCAAAGCCCAGGCAAGCGACACAGCAGCAAGUACUGCAUACAACAGCAGAGAAAAACGAGCAGCCGAUGAAUGCGCUAUAUGGUGUCUACUUUGCUUUAGAGCAACGUCUGAGGAUUAGUAAUGAAAACCGUUGUAAAACUGUGAAAUUAUGAAUCAAUGAAUAAGAAAGGGCCACCAUUUGAGCAACUAUUUUAGGCAAUAUUUAUUAUUACCUUGUUAUAAUGGUACAAAAACUAAACUAAACUUAUCAGCAUUUUGUAAUAUUUAAGUCUGUGAAUUGUUAUUUAAGAUUAUUUUAAAGCUAAUGAGAAUUCCUUAUUAAAACAAUACGAAUGGCCUUUAA